CUUGUUAAUUGUUUCAUGAACCCUCCACUACUCGCAGUAGCGCAUCCUGCCGCUAGGUGGCAGAAUAACACGCUUCCAGCUUCCCACGAAGAAGAAGAAGAGGCGUCAACUUCCGGGUUUUUAAACAGCUUGCUAGCAACGAACAUCACAACUUCUGCUGCGACCGAAGAGCUUGUUUUGUCUGGGAUGGGAUCCCCAACAAAAGAUGCAACGCCACACAGAACCAACACGCGUACCCCUGGUCGAGAAACUGACUCCCCUCUUCCCCCUAUCCAUGAGCGGCUCGGGUACCUGCGUCCCUCCAGGGAGCUGCUGGAGUACUACAGAAAGAAGAUCGCCCAGUUUGACGGGGAACAUGAGGAGCUGCUGCAGAUGCUAGAGAAGUACAAAGGCAUCACAGAUGACCAGCAUAAACUGCAGUGGGAGGUUCGCCAGCGCGAGGGGGAGAUUGCGGAGCUGCAGAACGCUCUGAGUGACAUGCAGGUCUACCUUUUCCAAGAGAGAGAACAGUCUCUGCGGCUGUACGCAGAAAAUGACAGGUUAAAGAUCAGAGAAUUGGAGGACAGGAAGAAAAUCCAGCAUCUUCUGGCCCUGGUGGGUCCUGAUGCAGGAGAGAUCACAUACUUCCACCGGGAACCUCCUCACAAGGUGACUGUCUCACAGAGGAACGUUGAGUCUACACUGGAUGACAAUCUCAAUCUGAGGCCAACAAAGUUAAAGCCAGCUGCGACCAGGAAAGAGAGUGGCAGGAGAACAAAAUCAGUAGACGGAGUAAAUGGAGAGAGUCUGGAACAAUACAAGAGCGAUAACCAGACAUUGCUGCUCCAGGUGGAGGCCCUGCAGGCUCAGAUGGAGGAACAAACCCGUCUGGCCAAAGAGCAGGUAGAGUCUCUGCUGGAGGAUCGACGGAUCAAAACAGAAGAGGCUCAGGCUCAACAGCGCAGAGAUCAGGAGCGAAUCACUGCACUCAAUGACAAGCUCCAGCGAACCCAGAACCUGUUGUAUGGGAGCACCAAAGAUUUCCUACAGCUAAAGUUUGAAACACGGGCUCAUGAGAAAAGCUGGAUGGCGGAGAAGGACCGGCUGCUGCGGGAUCUGGACUCCUGCCACAACCGUCUGAGGAAGGCUGGUCCUGCCGGCACAGAGCCGGGCCGAACGUGGCAGCCCAGCAGCAGCACAGCGCUGCUCCUUUCUAAGCCUCAGCCAGAGUUUCAACAAACAAAUAAGGAGGAGCUAAAGGCAUUGCAGGAGGAUCUGAAGCAAGCCCACCGUCUGGCAGAGAUGUACAGGGAGCAGUGUAUCACUCUGGAGACAGAACUGUCACAAAUCAGAGAAGAAGGGGACGUGGGCAGGGAAAUCUUUAAGGAGCGUUCAGACAAAAUGGCCAAGCGUCUUCAGCUGAUGACUCAGCGUUACGAGGCGCUGGAGAAGAGGAGGGCCAUGGAGGUGGAGGGCUUCAAGACGGACCUGAAACAACUCAGACAGAAAUUCAAAGAUGUAGAAAAACAACUCAUCAAGGCUACUCUGAAUAUUGGGCCCAACCAGGACUUAGCCAUCCUGCAUGAGGUACGUCAAACCAACGCCAGAACAAAGAAGGUCCAGGGUGAGCUGAUGACGCUGAAGGCAAAAAUCUACGGGCUGGAAAAUGAGCUGCGAUUUAGUUGAGGACUGGACUGUGAUGACAAUCUGUUUAAUACAUGAAAUGUUUGUGCCACUGUGUGUACUGAAACUUAGACUGAAUGUUAUUUCUAUUUUGUACUUUGGACUAAUAAAAAUGAUUUGCUUCAAGGUUUUUAAAUGAA